AUCAAGCUGCAAAACAGUAUUGGUUUGUUUAUUUUUCUGCAUUGUCAGCCACCGUCUGUUUGCUAGCCUGCAAAAUUCCGAAUUAUCUAUCAAAACUGCAUAAAAGCCAAAGAGUGGUGUGAGCGUUUGUUAUCCGUGUAACAGUAGUUUGUCUGUGGCGGUCGUUUCAGUGUAGGGUUGCUGUUGCAGUGUUGCUGGUUGCAGUUUAAUUUGUCAGAAUGGCCGAUCAGGAUCCUCCCGUUAUUCACCAGGAGUUCCACGCCAAAGUGCACGAGCACAAGCCCAUGGUGUGUGGCGGGUACGGCGAGGAGCGGCCCGCCAACGAUCACAUCAAUCAGGUCGUGCACAAGGUGCGGAAGGACGUGGAGGCCAAGCACGGGGCGGCGGAGGUGUACGAGGUGGUCUCCUACCGCUCGCAGGUGGUCGCCGGCACCAACUACCAAGUGAAGUUGCGCCUGGGGCCCAACAAGGUGGUGGACAUCAAGAUCUUCGAGCCGCUGCCCGGCAAGGACGCCGAGCCGCGGCUGGUCGAGUGAGUGACUGCAGCGGCUGGCCGGACGGACGGACGGAAGGAGACAUCCACGCUUUAGCCGGCCCAGGGGGAUAACAUUUCCAUCCCAGUCGCUCCAUCCUGGCCGACGUCCGCCGCCCCGGAAUCUUUUACCAUUCUUUUAUGGCUUUUCCGCUGCUCUGAUGCGCUGGCGUCGCUGCAUUGGCAACGCUUCUGCUUUGUCCUUUUUUAUUGCCUCCUAACCGCUCACGUGCAACGUGUCUUCAUCCGUUUUUUCAAGGCUGUUUACCACGCUGCCGGGCUGUGUAUCGGUGGGAAGCUUCUUCUUUCUUGUUGCUUUUUUUUUAAUCCGCAUUAAGCGGGCUUAAUUCUAACCGGCCGAACAGUAAAUAAAAUAGCUCAACUCG